AUGUACAAAACUACGCCAUCCGCCGCGAGGCUUCUCGCCUCAAAACAAGUGCACAUUCAAAUGGCCCCAACCCCCAAAAAGUUACAGGAGAGCCGACAGAUCCUAGCCGCGCUCCAAAAAUUCGGCGAAGUCACCACAUUCCGCAACCUCAAGUAUGAUAUAGCCAACACCACUACGAACCAACACCGACCCAUCAUCGCAAUCUUCGAGUCCGCCGACGCAGCGCAACGCGCCAUUGCCUCAUCACCUUUAAUCAUAACGCUUGACCAAGCUACGAAUACAAAUACCACACAACCCACACACACCAGCUCCGAGUCCUCAGUAUCCAGCUCCUCAAACUCUUCAGAAGAAAUCCCAUCAGAUGUGAAGCCUGAUGAUGCGAAGCCCGAUAAUGCAAAACCCGAUGAUGAAGGUCUUACAAAAUACGAACUCCUCUUCAAAGACGUAAAACCAGGGACAAUGAAAUGCAUAAUCGAGGCCUCAAGACAUAACCACCAAAGCAACAUGCGACGGAAUCCGUGGUACGCUGCAUACGAACCUAAUAAAGAGGAUCCUAUUUACAAAGAUAUGAUGAAUCCGCAGACUGGGACACCUCUGAGGGGACUCGGCGAUGUACUACAGCGGAACUGUGCGCCGUCUACUCCUGAGAGGAGGUAUCCCGUUCGCUUUGAGAGGAGGUCGAUGGGAGCCGAUAGCUUGAUGGAGAUGUGGACUGAUGCGCCGAGGCCUGAAGAGGGGGAGGAGUCAUUGGUUGAUGAUUCAAUCAAAAAAGAUGAGAAGAGACCGGCCAAAAAGUGUGGGAGGAAAUCGGUCAAGAAGGAGGAGAAUGAUCCUUGA